CUUUGUGGUUCCAGCGUCUUCGCCGGUCAGGAUACACACAUGGCUAAACUGAGCAACGAAUCCAAACAGCGGCUGCAGCAGCUGUUCCAAUGCAGCCAGUUUGUCAUCCGAUGGGGUUUUAUACCCACCGUGUUGUACCUCGGUUUCAAACGAGGAGCAGAUCCAGGAAUGCCUGAGCCCACAGUAUUGAGUUUGCUUUGGGGCUAAAGAACGUCUCCACACAGCCGGCCCCCUCCCCUCACCGAGGCCAUGUGACCCACCUGUCAUUGGAAAUCCAGGACAUUAUUUCUUUACUUCCCUCUCCAUAAAUCAUACUGUCCAAUAUCCGAGAAGUAAUGAAUGCAUGUUACGCGUGGCCAUGCUGUUCAUGUCCACACAUGCAGACGUAGAGAUGCAUCGAGUGUGGCUACUACACGGACGGAAGAUAUUUGCAUCAACAAGCUGGAAUCACUUCAUUCCUAAAAAUAUGUGGUGCUGACUGGAUUAUCUGUUGGUGUGUUGCUGGGAAUGUGACGGCGAUGUUUGGAUACACCAUUCAUUCCAUGUUUUCCUUUUUUUAAAUUUGUAAUUUAAGAAAUUCUGAGAAUAAAUCCACAAAGAACUGA